AUGGUUAGCCUCAAACGACCCCUGAAAUCAGCAGUAUUCCUUGUAUUUCUAUUUUCUAUUAUCAAAAUUUACUGGACCCUGAUAAUACGCCAAGGGAAUCAAAGUACUGAUGUGAUAGGAAGCAAAUUAACGAUGAUGUGUCAAUAUAAUGAAACAGAUACAGUUUUCAAUACUUCAAAAUAUAAGUUAUCUCCCGUGCCAAAACAUUCCCUGAAAAAUGACACAACCGAACCAGUGUCCCCUGAGAUUGCUGAAUUCUUCACGAGACUUAACAAGACAUUUUGUGAUGACUUCUUAGUGUUGAUUCUUACACCCAUACACAACAGUGAGAGAGAUAUAGAAAACUACGUGAAUCUUAUCAGAACAUUGAAUUAUCCUAAAAAUAGACUCUCUGUUGUUUUUGGGGAGGAUGGUAGCAACGAUGGGACGUUUUUAAAAGCACAGAAUGCAACAGAAGUAUUCAGAUCCAUCGGUUUGCGCAGGGCAGACGUCCUCCAUUUUAACUUCACCGGUGGACUGGAAACAAACAGCUGGAUGAAAGAGCAUUCUUACGUCCAUCAAUUUCAAAGAAGGAGCCAUUUAGCAAGAGCCCGAAAUUUGUUACUCAUGUCUGCCUUGGGAGACGAGGAUUACGUCCUGUGGAUGGAUUCCGAUUUACUCAGCGUUCCUCCAGACUUGAUACAACAGAUGAUAUAUGUAAACAAGGACGUUGUGACGGCCUCGUGUCUGUUCAGAGAAAACAGUGGUCGUCUGCGAAUUUACGAUAAAAAUUCUUGGCGGGAAACGGCGGAGUCUUUGCAAAGACAACGGAAACUUCCUCAGCACCAACUCGUUGUAGAGGGCUAUGGAGCUUCGCUGAGGGUGUAUUUACCGCAUUUACAGGGAGAAGGGAAACGAGUAGUUUCGAUAGAUGGCGUGGGAGGAUGUAGUUUAAUGAUAAAAGCAGAAUGUCACCGAAAAGGUCUUUAUUUCCCGGAAAUUUUUUUCCAAAGACACAUAGAAACUGAAGGACUUGCAAAAAUGGCAAAACAUAUGGGAUACGGUGUUUAUGCUUUGCCAUUUCUAAACGUCUUUCAUUCGUAACAAAUAACGUGUAAUAAUUUCUAAUACAUAAACCAAUUAAAUACUAAAAAAUCGAUAUUGUUUUUGUUUGAACAAUUUUAUUGACAAAAACGUUAAAACCUGACAGAACAUCCGUAAAGUUCAAAGCGCAUGCCCACGUAGUUGUUAGCGUUACUGGACUUCCGGUUAAAGUCGACCACGCUUAUUCUAACGAAUCGAGCAACGAUGGGUGGUACAAGGGUUUGCAGUUUAACAGUGUUUUGGUCAGU